AUGUCGUAUUAUCAAUCACAAGGAGGCGAUAAUAACAACUUCUAUCAGAAUUCCCAGCAGUUUGGAGGAAUCAAUAGCAACUCGAAUAAUGGACAGUUUGGCAGUGCCAACCUUCCUUCAGGAUCCAUGCAGACAUCUUACAGUUAUAACGGAAACUCAACGGAUCAUGAUCCUAGUCAAUUGAGUAAGGGUCUUUUGGCAGCUUUUUCUACAUCGGGAUAUCCCGGGGAACCACCUUUAUUGCAGGAGUUGGGCGUGAACUUCCAGCAUAUUAAGAGUAAAACUAUGGGAGUGUUGAGCUUGAAGUCGAAAGGUUUAAGCGGUGAUGUGAUUCAGGACUCAGAUAUGGCUGGUCCAAUCAUUUUUUGUCUGUUAUUUGGCACGUUGUUAUUACUCUCAGGCAAGACUCAUUUCGGGUACAUCUACGGCGUAGGCUUAUUUGGUACCGUUUCCUUGCAUGUGCUUUUCAAAUUGAUGUCGAAUGAUACUAACGAUACGGGAAUUGAUAUUGUGAGAACGGCAUCCGUGCUAGGAUAUUGCCUCCUUCCCUUGGUGUUGCUAGGUGCGUUGACAGUGGUGAUUAGUUUGGAUAAUACUACAGGUUACCUAAUGGGAAGCCUAGCUGUUCUUUGGUGCACGUUUUCUGCUUCCGGGUUCUUUGUUAGGGUCUUGAACUUGACAGAUGCAAGAGUGUUGGUGGCCUAUCCUUUGGCCAUGUUCUACACGGUUUUUGCAUUGAUGGCUAUCUUCGCCGAGAGCGAGGAAUAG